AUGCUCUUCAGUGACGCCCAGCCCCAGCCCCAUCCCAGCACAACCCAGCUCAACCCCAGGCCAGCCCAAGGCCAGCCCCAGGUCAGCCCAACCCCCACCCCAGGCCAGCCCAACCCCAGGCCAGCCCAACUCCAACCCCAGCCCCAGGCCCAGGCCCAGGCCAGCCCAACCCCAGCCCCAGGCCAGCUCAACCCCAGGUCAGCCCAGCCCCAUCCCAGCACAACCCAGCUCAACCCCAAGCCAGCCCAACCCAACCCCACCCCAGGCCAGCCCAACCCCAACCCCAACCCAGGCCAGCCCAGCCCAGCCCAAACCCAGGCCAGCCCAAACCCACCCCAGGCCCAGGCCAGGCCAGCCCAACCCCAGGCCCAGGCCAGCCCAACCCCACCCCACCCCAGCCCCAGCCCAACCCCACCCCAGAUCAGCCCAGCCCAGCCCAACCCCAGGCCCAGCCCCAGCCCCAGACCAGCCCAACCCCACCCCAGCCCAGCCCAACCCCAGCCCCAGGCCAGGCCAGCCAAACUCCACCCCACCCCACCCCAGCCCCAGCCCAACCCCACCCCAGGCCAGACCAGCCCAGCCCAGCCCAACCCCAGGCCCAACCCCAGCCCCAGACCAGCCCAGCUCAACCCCACCCCAGCCCAACCCCAACCCCAGCCCCAGGGCUCCCUUGUGAAAGAGACCCUGGUCUCAAUGGUGACUCCCUCUCAAAUGAAUUGA